GCCAUCUAUACUUUGAUCGAAAGUAGGUAUAGUCAGCGAAAUUCAGUUCAUUGUUAGCCUCACGUACGAGCAAAAUGGCGAGGUGUCCGUCAUAGGUGGACGAACGUCGGAAGAGUUGACGUUACUCAUGCUGCGUAGAAAUCAUUGUUUCUCGGAAAAAUUAAAAGCAUGGAAUUGUUCCGUACUGACACUCAUUUCAUUUUCGUGAAAGAAAGGCAUAGCCUGUGGUGUGACAAGUUUACAGGAGAAUUUUCUGCUAAAUCGGAUUGGGAAUGGGCUUCACCAAAAGAUUUAGAAUGUCUUGGAAUAUUUUAUGGAAUAGUUGGAAAAAUAGAACAGCCUUCUGUUCUGGAACCACGCUUAAUGUUGAUCAAAGAGAUUUCACCAGCUGGAGAAUUAUAUGGAGGUCACAUUGUAUAUAAGAUCAAAUCUAUAGCAUUUUUGCAUUUUGGCACAGAAAAUAAUGAUAUUGGACUUCUGCCAUGUAAGAAACAUCAAAAUUUGCCAAAGAAAAAAAGUCAAGGUGGUUUGUUCGAUGUACCACAGAAAGCAGCCUUUGCUAAAACAUGGGGAACCAUUAAAAGUGCAACAAACACUAUAAAGAACACGACUCAACAAGCAGCUGCCCUUGCAACAUCUCAGGUAAAAUCUACGGUAUCUAAAAGAAACAUUGUUAAAGACAAGGAGAGAUUUGAAAGGAGAAUUUUGGAAGAAUUGAACAAAAUUUUUACAGAAACUGAUUCCUUUUAUUUCUGUCAAACCGGUGACAUUACUAAUAGUUUACAGAGACUUUGCAUUGCAGAGUCACAACAGAAUGAAGAAGAAUUGAAUAGACCACUUUGGCAAAGAGUGGAUGACAGGUUUUUUUGGAACAAGCACAUGUUACAAGAUAUAAUAAAUCUAAAAACAGACAAAGCAACUUGUUGGAUAUUGCCAGUAAUUCAGGGAUAUGUGCAAAUAGAAAAAUGCAAAGUAGAAGUAGGUAUUGAUGAACAACCUCAACAUGAAACCUUUAACUUAGCAAUUAUAUCUAGAAGAAGUAGGUUUCGUGCAGGCACGAGAUAUAAACGUCGUGGUGUCGAUGACGAAGGAAAAUGCGCAAACUAUGUCGAAACAGAGCAACUAGUUUGGUAUCAUGAUCACCAAGUAUCUUUCGUACAAGUAAGAGGUAGUGUACCUGUGUAUUGGUCUCAACCUGGCUAUAAAUAUAAGCCGCCACCACGUAUCGAUAAAGACGAAGCAGAAACGCAGGUAGCGUUUGAAAAGCACUUUCACGAAGAACUCGAUUUAUAUGGCCCAAUCUGUAUUGUGAAUCUCGUAGAGCAAACAGGCAAAGAGAAGAUCAUUUGGGAAGCUUAUAGUAAUCACGUUCUUAAUUACGAUCAUCCUGACAUAACGUAUACGAGUUUCGAUUUCCACGAGUAUUGUCGAGGAAUGCAUUUUGAAAAUGUGUCUAUUCUGGUCAAUGCAUUAGCUACAGUAUUGACAGAGAUGAAGUAUUGUUGGCGCGAUAAGCAAGGCACAAUUUGCAUGCAGAAGGGAGUGUUUCGGGUGAAUUGCAUAGAUUGUUUAGAUAGAACGAACGUGGUGCAAACCGCUUUGGGUAAAGCCGUGAUGGAAAUGCAGUUUUCGAAGCUAGGUCUAAUACCACCAGACGGAACGUUACCGACGAACAUCAGACAAACGUUUCAAUUGCUUUGGGCCAAUAAUGGCGACAUUAUCAGUAAACAGUAUGCUGGUACAAACGCUCUGAAGGGAGAUUAUACAAGAACGGGGGAAAGAAAAUUUACUGGGUUAAUGAAAGAUGGCAUGAAUUCUGCGAACAGAUAUUUUCAACAACACUUUCUGGAUGACAUACGUCAAGCGGCAAUAGAUGCCAUGCUAGGGAAACCUAUCGAUGUUAAUCAACUGAAUACCGAUUGGUCACAAUAUUUGCGCAUCCUAGAUUAUUGCUGCCUUGAGUUGAUUCCCGCGAAACCACCAAAUAUAGAGCUUCAACUUGCUACUUAUCCUGACUUUCUUUGUGCCAGUGCUAUGUAUAAUUUAGCAAGAUAUUAUUUAAAUCGUUUCAAGGAUGUUUAUAGACAAGCCACGAUCGAUAUGAUGUUAGGAAAUUCUGUAAGCGAGGAAGUGUUUCAAGAGCGUACCGAGGAGGAAGACAAUGCUGCCACUGCGAUUCAUGUGAAACUGCUAAUAGAAGAUUGCAAGAAACUACUUAUACCAGAUCCAGAAAUUAUUCUAGGCAGUUGGGGUCUUAUCGAUGCUGAUCCUGUAACUGGCGAUCCAACGGAAACAGAAAUGGAUACUAUUUUAAUAUUGACACGAGACAGUUACUAUGUUGCCGACUAUGAUGAUCAGAUUGAUAAAGUGACAAACUACCAAAGAGUUCCACUGGAAGAUAUUAUAUUAAUCGAAUUUGGCCAGCCUGAAAGUUCAAUCUCUCUCUUUAAGAAUAAGCAUUUCUAUUGCAUUAGAAUAAAUUAUAAGAUGGCCAAUGAGUAUGGCUACUUCCACAUGUUCCGCAGUACAAAUCUUCGGUUUUUUAAUAACAUGGCCGUUGUCGUGAAAACCGAAGAAGAAAGUAUAGAAUCGUUAAAAGCAAUCUGUGAAGCUAUUUCAGUAGCAACGGAAAUAGCAGGUUUACCAAAGAUUACUGUAGCAAUGAACGUCACGUUGGACAGACGAAAGAGUAAGUUAGUCAACAGUAGAGGAUCUACUGGUCUUCUGGAUAUAUCAUCGUUUCCAGAAUUGACCAGAAACGUUUCAGAAACACAGUUAUUAGCCCUUAAAAGUGCAGGAACGAAAGCUUUAAGCAACAUGUCAGAGCAAUUUAGCAAAUUAAAUAAGUUAAGUCAUAGCUUUAGUGCCAGGAAGCCGAUAGAUUUAGCUAGAAGCAUCGGGAGGAAGACUGACGCUCCGUCGAAACCUACAUUUACCGUUGGAAAUAGGGAUAUAUCUGGCAAUGUACAAGGGAAACAUCACAGUAGCAGUAGCAGUAGCGACGAUGAAGAUACAAAGAUUCCACCUGUUCCUUUAGAAAAGCCAGACAACUUCAGACAUGAUAAGAAUCUAAUGGAAGCGUACACUCCAUCUAUUGGUAUCAUAAUGGGUGUAAAAAAUGCAGACGUAGUAGAAAACGACAAGAACAACGAAUCUCAUAAUUUAUCGAUAAGACCGAAUAAAUUGUCUGAGCAGAGCUCCAUCGGAGAAGCAUUGGCAGUUCCACAGUCUGGCUCUGGAACAAGCACUCUGAGUGCUUCUCCGCAAAGGACCGUAGCAACUACGCCGGAAAUAAAUGUAACUGAGCCCUUAAUGGAAGACAAUGAGAGGUUGGUUCCACCAACGUCGUUGAAUCUCUCCAAAAAUAUUAGUCAUUCAACGGGAGAAGUCGAUAGCAAAUUAAUACUCAGCAACAUAAAUAGCAACAUGCUGCAGACAGAUAGCAGGAUUCAAGAUAAGAAGAGAUCAACAUCUGAACAAGAUUUAACUCUGAACAUUACAUCCUCUCAGAGCGAAUCUGCUUUGAAGUCGAUAAAGACUAACAUUACUAAUGUUACGAGUCCAGUGGCAGCUACUGCCAAAGAUAUUCUAUCGCCUUUCUCGAAAUUCGCUAAAGGAAUGCAAAAUUUAGGAGCAAACUUGGAUCCUAGAAAGUUGAAGUCAGGGCAGGUGGGACUGCUGAAGAAUCUUUCAGAUCAUCACAUGGAACAACGUCAAAAGUUACAAGAGAGAUGGGGUUCGUGUCAAUCUAAGCUAAUUGCUUUAUAAAGUUUUUGAGAAUAGUUUACAAUCUAUGUGUCUGAUAGAGUGAACGUAAUACACAGCAGAAGCCAAACGAUUACAACACGAGUGCAUUAGAUAGCAUAAUAGAAAUGAGGAUACAUUUUUCUGAGUGAACUUUACAUUUAGCAUUUCCUGAGCAUAGUGUUGUAAGAGAAUCAUGUUUUUAUUGUAAUCUCAGUGCACACGUCUAACACAUUUUAUUCUUUUGAACUUGAAUUACUGCCAACUUGCUAAAAUAUUGUGCAAAGAGAGAGUUGUUAACUUUACGAGAUCCUUUCGAUACGUUCAUAUUGAAAAUUACUUCUCAAAAGUACAAUGUGGUCAAUAUUCAAUCUACAGAAAUCUAUUGGUGUAUCUAUUUACAAAUUUUCUAUUAUUCUAUAUUGAUGGGAAACGAUUUGCUCUUGACGCCUAAACGAACUGUCUAUUCGUAAAAUGCUUUUGGCGUAUUUAUACAAAAGUUUUCAUCGCGACAGCCUUUGUAUGGACUUUACGAAACCAGAAUCCUAGAAAUGCAUUUAGAUGCUAGAAAUCGGAAUUGUGACUUUACCAAAAUGCGUAUGCUUGUACGAUGAAAUUUAAAUCCAGCAUUCUUUGAAAGCUCCAGUACUUGCUGCAUAAUGAUAUUUUCCUGCUCUUACACAUAAUUUUAUUUACAUGUAAUAUAAGUUAUACUUUUCAUUUUGUAUAAAUAUUUAGACCCAUGUGUAUUUGUAUAUUUAUAAAUAUGACCCAUUAGCUGAAAAUCUAUUUAUGCAGCAAGUUCAAUCGAAGAAGCUUCGUAGUCAAUUAUGUAUAUAUGAGAAAUGAUUUUAAAUGUAGUUUAACGAAUAAUAUGAACUGACGCGAAAGUAUAGGCAAGAUGAGUUACGACAAAAAGGAGCGUUGGUUUUUAGAUAGGUGUACGACACAGAGACUAGUACUGAUAAUUAUGUAUUAGUAAAUUGGGGAGUGAAGAAAUAGCAACCGAAUCAUUAGAACUACUAUAACAUGGAAACUGAUAUAAGUUUGAGAGUUAUUUUGGAUAUAUGUACAACACAAACGUGCUUCGUUCAAAAUGUUAUAUUCCUUUUCAUAUAGAAUUCCAAUUGAAACAUACAAGUGAUUCCAAAAAAAGAAACAAAAAUAUCACAGUAUUCGUACAUAUACAUAGUUGCAGUAUUAUGUAUAUUAUAGUUAACUGAAUAUUUAAAAAGAAAUGCAUCAUAAAAGGUACACAUUGUUAUUUAAUAUGCUAUAUAACGAUUUAGACCAAACGAUAUGAGUUAUGACAUUAUAUAGAUAGUUAAACUCUUGUAUAUAUGGGUGAUUUAAAUUUAAUUAUAGUACUUUAAAUAUUUCAUAGUUGCACAGACAUGUGGUAGAAUUAUUACAAAUAAGGUUUCUAGUGAAUGUUUUUUCCCAAUUGCAAAUGGAUAGUCUGUGAUAUAAUCUAGCAGAAUAAACACAGCCUGAAGUAACAGAAAAAAAGUAAAAAUAAAAUUAAAUGGUGUGUUGGUUCUGUAGAUCAUUUAGGAAUGCUUUAAAGUAUACAGAAGACAGCAUUGUUUUUACUGCUUUAGUAAAAUUUAUUAUAAGAGAUUUAUGUUUGUUCGUUCAUCUUAGGUAAAUCAGCUUAUUUUUUUAAUGUAACUUUAACUACUUGUGAAAUAUUUAUUUAUUGAUACAGUAUUAUAACUAUUAUUAAAAAAAAAUGGAAUCUAUAUUUUUGUUCCUUUUUUCAUAUUUAAGACAUUGUAUGGUCCAAUUAAAGUUGAACACUCGAAUAUUAUGACGUAUAUAUAUUGUCUGUAUUUUUACAAUAGCACAUUAUAAACAAUCAUGACAAACAACGCACGAAGAUGUUUAAUAGCCUGUAGAGGCUUAAAUUGCCUUAUAUAUUAGCAGUUACAUUUUUGAAAACAUAUGUAUACAUGUGAUAAAGCAAGCAACAUAGCAAUUGUAGUAAAAGAAAGUUAUAAUAAAAUGCAAUGAAUUAAAA